AAAAAAAGGAAAAAAAAAAAAGAAAAAAAAGAAAAAAGAGAGAGAGAGAGAGGAAAAACAGAGUGCGCAUCCGGGGAAUCGAACCCCGGUCAGUACCGUGGGAGGGUACUAUGAUACCACUACACCAGAUGCGCCUCGCGUGCUGGUAACUCAAAAAGAAAAUUUGAAAACUUUUGCCGACUUAAUUGAUCUUUUUUUUUUUUAAUUUUUUUUUUCGAUCGAUCUUUCAGCACCCUUUUCCUGUUCUCAGGCAUCACUCGCUGUAGCUCCUUACGCCAACUGAAACCCUGCUCUCAUUUUAAUUCCAGACUAAACCCUAGUACAACACUUCACUAUCCUUAAAACCAAGAAGAGCAAUGAGGAUGGUGGGGCUGACUGGUGGGAUUGGUUCAGGGAAGAGUACUGUUUCAAACCUUUUCAAGUCUCACGGAAUCCCCGUUGUCGAUGCCGAUGUCGUUGCUCGUGAUGUCUUGAAGAAAGGUACUGGUGGUUGGAAAAAGGUUGUGGCGGCGUUUGGUCCGGAUAUCCUACUGCCGGAUGGGGAGGUUGACCGCCCCAAAUUAGGCCGCAUUGUGUUCUCUGAUCCUGAAAAACGUCAGCUUCUUAACAGGUUACUAGCUCCGUAUAUUUCAUCAGGCAUUUUAAAGGAAGUUUUGAAGUUGUGGUUGAAGGGAUGCAAGAUUAUUGUGCUUGAUGUGCCUUUAUUGUUUGAGGCCAAAAUGGACAAGUGGACAAAGCCCAUCGUUGUUGUUUGGGUUGAUCCCGAGACUCAGCUGAAACGCCUUAUGGCUAGAGAUGGAACGACGGAGGAUGAUGCUGCAAGCAGAAUAAAUGCUCAAAUGUCACUUGAUCUCAAAAGAACCAAAGCAGAUUUCGUAAUUGACAACACAGGAUCACUGGCAGAACUCAACGAAGAGUUUCAGAAAGUGUUGCUUCAGGUGACAAAGCCCUUGACAUGGACUGAAUUCGCCCUCUCGAGACAGGGCGCUUUUUUGGCAUUUGUGUCGAUUCUUGCUGGUGUCAUCACCUGCAGGAAAAUUUUGCUAUGAGAUGCUUGGUUGGAUCUGUGCAAGACUAUGGGGAAAUGCGGUGCAUUCUGCUUUGGUAAAGAGACAUAUAUUUUAGACCUGAAUGAAUGUGUAAAUGGUUAGCUGGAUUUUCAGAAGUAUAGUUGAUCAAUUAAUUUUGUCCCUUGACCAAUGAAGUAUAAUAGUUCACAUCCUCUUAUCAUACGACUUAUAGCUUAUAUCAUGUUAAAAAACACUCAUAUCUGAUAUUAGUUUGAGUGAUCUAAUCUGGCUCAUAUCUGAUAUUAUUUUGAGUGAUCUAAUCUGGUUCAUAUCUGAUAUCUGCCCUUGAUUUCAUGUGUCCUUUUCUCAUGGUAAGGUUCCUUUUACAGCUUCUUUCACCACCUGUCUAUUCGUUCUUUAUGUUUCUCUCUGUAAUGGAUUCUAUAAAACUGCCCUUGAUUCUAAGAAUUGGACUCAUAGGUAAAGGUCCAUUGCAUUAUAUGAUGUAUUGAUUUAAGGAUCUUGCCACUUUACUACUCUUUGGGGCAAGUCAUGCUCCAAAGAUUUAUCCAAAGUCAUUUGAACUUUGUUAUUGUCAUUGCCUCUAUCAUGGUAUUGAGCAUUAUGAUCUUUAUCUAAGGAUGUGUUUGCUUCUUUGUUAGUAUGUUUAAAGGAAAUGAUUUGUUGUUUUUGUAUAGUCUGUAAUAAAUUGUUCCACAGUUUUGUGUUCAAACCGCGAUUACGUAUUUAUCCUUGGAUACAGUAUAGGCAUGUAAGAUUAGGUUCCAUUUGUACCAUACACAUCAGUUAGUCUAAAUGCUCUUAUAUGUAUAAAGGAGAAGACACUCUUAUCCUAUUAUAAACAGCCAUAUCAAAAGAAAGAUACUGCUCUUAUGCCUAUAUUUGAUGUUAGAUUCUUUUUUUAUGGAUCUGAUUCCUUAUCUACAGAAAUAUGAUCUUCUAUCAGAUUCAAGAGGAACAUUUUGUGCAUAAAGCAGUUACAUUCUAGAAGGAAGAAGGGAAAAUUUGGUCACUCUAGCUAAGUUAUUGCUUCUCUUAUCACUGUUAAAUUUGAUGGAAAAAGAAAAUGAUUGAAAGAUUCACUGCAGAGGGGCAUUUAACUUUGGUAUUAUUGGCUACUAAAUCACUUUCCCCUUUUUCUUUCAUUAACCUUGGUGGAGUCAUCCCCUUUUUUGCUGUCAACCACAACCUGGGACCCCAAUUGCAUAAAAGGAAAUAGAAAAGUUUUUGUUCUUUAUUCCAGAAUAAUAAUAAAGAGUGUAAUGCUACAUAUCUUGUCUGGAAAGGAAUGGUCUAUAAAUGUGUACUCAGGCCUUCUUCAGUUUACUCCACUUCUAGUGUUGUUAUUCUUGUUGUGUAACAGCAGAAACUUGAUUGAAGAUGAAACCUCAACAGUUCUCCGGCGAUCAUCAUCACCAUCAAGACUCUGUUUUGAUGAACUGUCGGGAACAGAAAAGGCCAAUGAUCAUAGGAGAGAAGCUGAAGAAAGUUUAUGAGACAGCCAUGGUUGCUGUGGCUGGAAAUCAAGACAGGAAUUACAUUUCCAGGGAAAUCGAAAGACGGAACGAGCGAUCAGGGAUGAUUGAAGACCCCAUCAGGACCAUGAUGUUCUUGGGGUCCUGGAGCCACACAUGAAAAAAGUGGCCCUUCUUUAGCCUCUAAAAUUGGUGGAUUUUUGAACCGUUGCAGAUUAGAAUCUGAUGAUGAAAAUCAUUGAAGUCUAAGGCCUUCCAAUCGUCUUAAAAACUUAGCUGUAUACAUGAUUCCAGAGAAGAGGAAAAUGAAGAUGAUUGGAAGUAUGUAAAUACAUUAUGUGAUUCCAUUUAGCCAAAGAUCCAGAAAUAACUUGGAACUGGAACAAAAAAACAAGCGUUCUAAUGCUGCCUGUUUUAUUCUUACAUAGUAGUAGUAAAUAAAUGUUAGUAGUAAAUUAUAAAUAAUGUUAUCCAGGAGUUUCGACUGCAAUUAUGCGGAUCAGUGGAAUAACUGGUCUUUGAUGGACUCGUCAGUUGUAAGUCUAAACAUUUUUCUUUUCCUCUCUUUUUGGUUUGGUAAUAUUAUUGAACUCAAAAUGAGAAUCGACACAUUCAUACAUAGUAUUAUCGAUGUAAAGGCCCCUUUUUUUUUUUGGUUAAUAAAUAAUGCAAGUUGCCUUGUCCUUGAGCUGCAAUGUCUCAUACGGCUAAUUUAUCCCUGCACUCGUAGUAUAUCAAGGACAGAUCCAGAUCCUAACUUUGCAUCCGAAUUUAGUGAUACUGUACUUCAAGUCUUCUACUAAUGAUAUAUAUUUUACUCUGAACGCGUUUUACAAAUUACACUUGUCAUUCAGGGUUUCAAAUUCAUCUCUAUUUCUGAGCACAAAACUUGUUUAUUUUACUAUACUUAUAUUUAAGAUACGGAUUGACAUAUUUGAAAGAGAGUCACGCUCUCAGUCUAUAUUAUAUACAUGAAAUAUGACCAACUAGAACCUUAGUAGUUAUUAAACUCUACGUCUUAAAAUGAUUGUUUA